AUGUUAUGCGCGCAGCAUCGAAACGGCAACGUUGUGGAACGCAUUACGAAACUGCUAGGCAUUCUGCCAGGUUGCUAUUGCGUUGCAAAAGUUUGUAGCAAGGGUAAACAGUUCAAAGAUUUGAAGGAAGCUGUUAGGAAACAAUUGCAGCGUGACUUGGUUGUGAUGGAGGCAGAGCCGCCAGGUUUGCAGGCUGAGUGGUCUGCUGCACGUGAGCAAGCCAAGUUGUUCUUGACUUUGAUGCUGCAAGGCUUUGCUGACGACAGCUCAUCAGCACGGCGGGGUGUGACAUCCCGCGUGAAUGCCUUUGUGGAGUUCUUCAGCGGCCCGUGGACAGGACCGAUGGGGAGGCAUGCAUGGUCUGGUGUGGCAGUGCAGUUGCAGCUUGUUACCUGGAAGGUCUUGGCUCGGUCUUUGACCCUUGUGACGGACGUCAUGCAGUCUUUGCCGGCCUUCGGAUUGCUGCCACGCGACGCGUAUGGUGGCGUGGAUGCACUUCGCUGGGCACGCGACACCUACAACCAGAGGAAAAAGGCUUUGAACCUUAGUCGCAGGCAUCCUGCCCAUGUGAUCCUCGACAUGACGAAUGAGUGGGGUUCCAAGCUCUGGCUGGGCGGCUCCGUUGCAGGUAGAGAUGCCAACCUCCUCCUGAAGAACAACAUUGGUGCUGUUUGGGCAGCGUGUAGCAGCGUGGAGCCAGGAGACACCGCCGCGGUGAAGGUGCUGCACUACCUGGCUGGGACAGGAGUUGUGCAUGGCGCCCCUGACUUUGACAUGGUCAUGAGCUUCGUCGACACGGUGCUGAGCAGCCUUUACCGAGGGUGCGCGCCUUCUGAGACAAAGAUUGCCUUGAAGCCGAAGAGCUUCAACGCCUUGAAGCCGAAGAGCAAGACACGACCUCGUCCCAGGGCCAGGGACCCAAGCCACUCUGAUGUGGGCGCCACCGAUGCAACAGAGUCCGCCUUCGAGGUCCUCAGCAGCGAGGGUGAGAAGGAAAUGGUUGAAAUCGAGGUCCCAGUGGCGACCGAGGACGAGGGCUUCUUCACUGAGGCGACCGAUGGUGUUUGGCCUGAGACUUCAGACGGUGACUAUGAGCUGGUGAGUGAGAACGCUCUGAACAACUUCAACCCAGAGAGUCCUCCAAUGACGCCGCGCGCCAAUUGGACGGAGGAAGACUUUGCCCGGUUGUCCAACGUGAUGGCGGAUUUGCAGUCCUUGAACCAGAAACUUCUGGCCUUCGUUCCUGACGAGCCUGAAGAUGCUGAGGAGGUUUCUGUGGAGGCUGCGGAGGCUGAGCCUGCUACGCGGGCCUUUGGCCAAGUCACGUUGGAAGGUCCGGGUGCUAAAGUCGCGGCCUCUGGCCAGGUCUACGAGGUUUCCCUUUCUCCCACCGAAGAGGAGCCCAGUGCUGCCGGUCUUGACCAAGCCGUUCCGGCCUUCGGCCAGGUCGAGACAGUCGACGUGCAGGAGGAGAAGGAGGAGGGAAGCAAGCCGGAUGGCGGCGGCGGGGGCGGCAACGUGGACGAGCCUGACGAGCUUCAGAAGACGAUCCAGGCGAUCCAGGAGCUGCGAGAGUCGGAUGACAAGGAGGCGUUGUCAAGACUCUUCUCGUUGCUGGAGUCGCAGAAGGUCCAGCAGCAGGCGAUCCUGUCCAGGAUGCAGUCGAGGCAGCAGCAGGAGGACGCCAAGGAGGAGAUCAUGGCGGCUGUGUGCAACCGUGAUCUUCCUAAGUUGCGGCUCCUGCUCCAGCAAGUGUCAGACUCCGCCGUGGUCUCUAUGAGAGACGAGGAAGGCAUGACGCUGUGCCACCACGCCGUCAGGCUCGGCAUGUACGACCCUCAAAACCACGUAGUGACGCGUUGGCGAUGA